AUGGAAGGAGCAGAACGUGCAGGGGCAGGGGCAGAAGCACGGGUAGACCGAGUGGCAAGAUACGAACCUCUACGUACCUCAGUAGAAGAUGAUACGCCAGCUGAACGGAUGGGCGAACAGUCUGACACAAAAGAGCUGCAAGGAGUCGUCGGAGUCCGGCGGCCCUUGAAGGGGGAGAAAGAAGAGGACAAGGAGGAAGAGGAGAAGGAGGAGGAAGAGGAGAAGGAGGAGGAAGAGGAGAAGGAGGGGGAGGCGGAGGAGGAGGAGAGGGAGUACCCAAGCUUGCUGAGACGAGACAUUGCGAACAACGACCGUCAAAACAAUUUGGUCAAGAACGGAAAAGAGGGAAAAGGGAAAACGGGAAAAGGGAAAACGGGAGCAAGAAAAAGGUGGUAG